AUGAUAACUACAAUUGAAGUUAGAGAAGGGCAGUUACCAGAAUGGUUUAUCCAUACAAGUAGGGAGAAUCAUGAGAUGUGUUUCCGAGUGCCUCCACCUGGAAAGGCCAAGUUAGUAGGUUUGGUUAUCGGAAGUAGAAUCAUUAUUACAACUAGAGAUCAACAUGUGCUAGAUACCCAUGGGGUAGAAACAAAAUACCAGGUUGGAGGAUUAAGUCAUGUUGAUGCUCUUCAACUUCUUAGUUGGAAUGCAUUCAAGACAUCUUAUCCUGAAAAAGGGUAUGAGGAGCUCACGAAUAGUGUAGUUCAGUAUGCCAAAGGCCUUCCCUUGGCUCUAGUGGUUCUGGGGUCUCACCUAUAUGGUAGAAGCAAACUUGAAUGGAAAAGCGCAAUACGUAAAAUACAAAGAAGUCUUCAUAAAGAGAUCUAUGAAAUACUUAAAAUAAGCUUUGAUGCACUGGAGGACAAUGAGAAGGCUAUCUUCCUUGAUAUUGCAUGUUUCUUUAAUGGAGAAUACAAAGAUGAUGUGACAACAAAUUUGGAAGCAAGCGAUUUUGAUCCUAUUAUUGGAGUACAAGUUCUCGUUGAAAGAUCUUUGGUGAUUGUAUACGAAAACAAAUUGCUGAUGCAUGACUUGAUACAAUUGAUGGGUAGGAAUAUUGUUCAUCAAGAAUCUCCCAACGAGCCAGGAAAGCGUAGCCGAUUAUGGUCACAUGAGGAUAUUCUCCAUGUUCUUGUUGAAAACAACACGGGAACUAAUGCAAUUCAAGGCAUAAAGCUAGAUUUGCUCAGAGAAAAAGAUAUUUUGCUGAAUCCUAGAGCCUUUACAAAAAUGAAAAGGCUUAGACUGCUUAUAAUCCAAAAUUCUUGCUUUUCGAAGGGUCCUAAGAGUUUGCCUAAUCAGCUGGGAUUUCUUGUUUGGGUUGGAUACCCAUCACCAUCUCUGCCGUCGAAUUUUAGUCCUCAGAAACUUGUUGUUCUCAACAUGUGUCAGAGUAAAAUCAAGCAAUUCGAAGGAAUAAAGGUAAAGUUAUGA